UUGGGGCACGGGCAGCAUGGGCAGCACAGAUGUUCUUGGGUGUUCUGUUAGCAGUGUGCUUGCAUGGGGUUAUGCGAUGUGCGGUAACAUUGUGUUGUCUGUGGUUUGUAACCUUUGCAGGGACGCGGGCCAGCCAUGUUGAGUUCUGAACGAUAAGUGCGGUUUGCGGCACGCCCGGCAGAUAUGAAUUGAGUGCUUUGAUACGUUCAUAGACUGGUUAUAAAGUGUUCGCGAACUGGAGUGAAAACUUUACCGGGCGAAAUGGGAAGUGUUGACAAUCCGUCUUUUUUCGUAUCGCUCGUGGCUGGCGCCAUCGCUGGUACUACAGUGGAUGUCGUUAUUUUCCCACUGGACACGCUUAAAACGCGCCUGCAAAGCCAGCAAGGUUUCCUGAAAGCGGGAGGCUUCAAGAAGAUCUACUCCGGCAUCGCAUCUGCUGCGCUUGGAUCAGCGCCGACAUCCGCACUAUUUUUCUGCACCUACGAAGGAGUGAAACACAUCAUUAGUCCGGUUGUGCCGAGCUUGAUGACUCCUUUGGCGCACAGUAUUGCAGCUGCCUGUGGAGAAGUGGCUGCCUGCUCUGUAAGAGUUCCCGUAGAAGUCGUAAAGCAACGUACUCAAGCUAAUCAUGACACAAGUAGCUGGAAAACAUUUAGGAGUGUGUUGAAUGUUGAGGGCAUCCGUGGUUUUUACCGUGGCUACUUUACGACGGUAGCAAGGGAGAUUCCCUUUUCAUUUAUACAGUUCCCCCUCUGGGAGUUUCUUAAGAACAUGUUUGCGAACCCGGAUUCCUUACUGACAUGGCAAGCAGCUGUUUGUGGAGCUAUAUCAGGUGGCAUUGCAGGAGGACUAACCACUCCUCUCGAUGUUGCGAAAACGAGAAUCAUAUUGGCUGAGCGAAACAGCCACCUAGCUUCUGGGAGCAUGCAUGCUGCGCUGAAGACUGUGUGGCACGAGAAAGGGCUACCAGGGCUCUUUAGUGGGGCCACACCCAGAGUCGUCUCCCUUUCAGUCGGGGGCUUCAUCUUCCUUGGUGCAUAUGAGCAAGCCAAACAGCUCUUCUACUAUUUUUUCCCGCCCCCUUCUCUGACAUCUGUUAUAACCACCAGUGGAGAGCAUAACUCAACAGACUUCUCAGAACAAUCUUCCUUGUCUAAGGCAGCAGCGUGACUGACCUUGGUGUGUGCUGAUCCAUUUACUUACUAUGCACCGGUGCCUUGUAUAUACCAAAGUUGAGAUUUAUUUUUUAGGUUUAUGUAGGUAGUUUUAUUAAAAAUCCAUUUAUAAAAAGC